GCGAGCUUGACCGUCGUUCUCUGAUCUUGGCUAAACGUCGACCUAAAACUGUGAUGUACCACAUUGUUGUUUACCAAGACACAGAUGAAGUGGAGGUGUCUGCAGUGAAGUGGGAUGAUGGAAGAUGGUUGUGGCCUCCAGCAGCAGCAGAGAGGAUUCCUGACAGCGUCAGAGUCGUCUUCACAUCCAAUGGUCACCAUGAGACAAUGUGGAACCGUCCAGAACCUGUGAACAGCACUGACACUGUUACAGAUGAUGAUUCUCCAAUCAAACACAAGAGAAGAAAAAGCCACCAUAGCUCUGCUCCAUCACCAUCGAGCUAUCGACCCCCAAGACACCAUAGCUCUGCUCCAUCACCAUCGAGCCACCAUAGCUCUGCUCCAUCCCCAUUGAGUCACUAUAGCUCUGCUCCAUCACCAUCGAGCUAUCGACCCCCAAGACACCAUAGCUCUGCUCCAUCACCAUCGAGCCACCAUAGCUCUGCUCCAUCCCCAUUGAGCCACCAUAGCUCUGCUCCAUCCCCAUUGAGUCACUAUAGCUCUGCUCCAUCACCAUCGAGCUAUCGACCCCCAAGACACCAUAGCUCUGCUCCAUCACCAUCGAGCUAUCGACCCCCAAGACACUAUAGCUCUGCUCCAUCACCAUUGAGUCACUAUAGCUCUGCUCCAUCACCAUCGAGCUAUCGACCCCCAAGACACCAUAGCUCUGCUCCAUCACCAUCGAGCUAUCGACCCCCAAGACACCAUAGCUCUGCUCCAUCACCAUCGAGCUAUCGACCCCCAAGACACUAUAGCUCUGCUCCAUCACCAUCGAGCUACCAUAGCUCUGCUCCAUCACCAUUGAGCCACCAUAGCUCUGCUCCAUCACCAUCGAGACACCGCCCUUCUCCACCGUCUCCAGUGACGCAGCAUAACUCUCCACCAUCUCCAGGAAGCCUCUGCUGUUCUUCCAGUCUUCAUCUUCAUCUCACUGAUGAAGAUGAAGAUCUUUCACUCCUCAAAAAUAUUUUAAUAAACCAGGAAGUUAUGAUGGAUCAGAUUAAAAUCAUUUACAAAACAGUCCAAGGAUUACAAACUCCAUCUGGAGAUGAGUUAUUACUUUCCUCAUUCCCACUAAACGAUCAACAAUCUGUGGAAGAGAUGGAAGCUGAACUCAGAGAAAACCCUGAACUUCACAAGCAGCUGAGUGCUGCUCUGGCGUUGAAGGGUGGAGGGUCACUGAAUGAGUGUGUUGGACGGAUUAUGGCGGCGCUCCUCACACACUCACUCAGCAAGCAGAUGAACUGGCUGGGUGUGAACGGGAAGAUCGGAUUCCAGCAUCUUCACAUUAAAAAACUUGUGACUGUGGCUGUGCGACGCAAUCGGCUCACAUCAAAGGCGACUGACAAAGAGAUCGAUAUGAAAAUCACUAAAUGGCUGCAGAACGCCUCGGAUCGGAACGGGGGGAGAGAUGAACGGAGGAGGAGAAGGAAAGUCUGAAUGUUUUUAAGGUGGAGAUUUUACUGAACUCUGUUUACAUUUUCUAUUUUCAUCAUAUUCAGUUUAUCUGUUAACUUUAUUAGACAACAUGACACUUACACAAGUUUUAAUGUCAAUACUGAGGGAAAGUUUCACACACAAUUGGUACGCACACACACACACACACACACAUUAGUAUACAAUUAGUUUUAUGUUUUGUAACUGAUCAGUUAAUGAUAUAAAUAAUAUUUACGGUUUGGUGACUCAUGGGCCCCAUGUGUUAAACCAGUCCUGCUCCAUGGGGCCCAUCAUUUAUUGGCACCAUGAGGACCAGAUGUUAGAACCAGCUGACCAGGUAACUUUUGCUCUGUGGGGUCAGGAAGACGAGCUGAACGCUGACCUUUGACCUCCGAAUGGUUUUUCUUGAUGAUUUAUUUUAAAACCUAAAGAUUUUAUGGAAUAAAAAGCAACAUGUUUCUGUAUUUAUGACCACAAUUCUCUCCAAAGUUAAAAUCAACAACAGUUUAAUGAAUGUGGCGCCACCUGGUGGCCAAUCAGAACCAUCAGAGGGGGUUUUAGUUUUAGUUAAACUAAAACAGGAUUUAUGUGAAUCACAUCAAUAUACUGGACAAAACUUGUGAAAACAUAUUUAACAAUUUAACGAAUGUUUACAUUCUUUUGUUUUAAUGUUGUAUUUUUAUUAGAGUGAUAAAUCCUGUUCCUGUUUCAGGUUUUUGUCUCAGCAGGUUGGAAACUUUGAUCUGUUUUACAACCAAACCCUGAAAAUCUCUAAGUUUUGAUUUGUUGUUUCAGUGAAGUGUGUUUGUUGUACUUGUAGUUUGUUGUAGUUUGUUGUAGUUUUUGAUGUCUGGGAGUUUUUCCUUGCACUAAACCUUCAGACUGAAGAGCUGCAGACAAUCCUGAUUAUUUAAUGACAUAAUUAAAGACAUU